AUGCAGGCCCCGCCCCCGACCUGCUCGCGCAGAACCUCGCGAGGUUUGAGGGUGCAGGGCCGGACCGGGCGGCUGCAAUAUGGCGGAGGCGGAAGGGGAGAGCCUGGAGUCCUGGCUGAAUAAAGCUACCAAUCCUUCCAACCGCCAGGAAGACUGGGAAUAUAUCAUUGGCUUCUGUGAUCAGAUCAACAAAGAGCUUGAAGGGCCCCAGAUUGCUGUGCGACUCCUGGCCCACAAGAUCCAGUCUCCACAGGAAUGGGAGGCAGUGCAGGCCCUCACGGUGCUGGAGGCAUGUAUGAAGAACUGUGGCAGAAGACUUCAUAGUGAAGUGGGGAAGUUCCGGUUUUUGAAUGAAUUAAUCAAAGUCGUCUCUCCAAAGUACUUGGGAGACAGGGUGUCUGAAAAGGUGAAGACUAAGGUCAUCGAGUUGCUUUUUAGCUGGACACUGGCCUUGCCUGAAGAAGCAAAGAUUAAAGAUGCCUACCAUAUGUUGAAGAGACAAGGCAUAGUGCAGUCGGACCCCCCUGUCCCCAUGGACAGAACGCUGAUUCCCUCUCCCCCACCUCGUCCCAAAAACCCUGUGUUUGAUGAUGAGGAGAAAUCCAAGCUUUUAGCCAAGCUGUUGAAGAGCAAGAACCCAGAUGACCUGCAAGAAGCCAACAAACUCAUCAAGUCCAUGGUGAAGGAAGAUGAGGCGCGCAUCCAGAAAGUGACCAAGCGCCUCCAUACCUUGGAGGAGGUUAACAACAACGUCAAGCUGCUCCACGAGAUGCUGCUUCACUACAGCCGAGAGUACUCGUCAGAGGCCGACAGAGAGCUCAUGAAGGAGCUCUUUGAUCGUUGUGAGAAUAAGAGACGGAUAUUAUUUAAACUAGCCAGCGAGACAGAGGACAACGACAACAGUCUGGGAGACAUCCUGCAGGCCAGUGACAACCUGUCCAGGGUCAUCAACUCUUACAAAACAAUUAUUGAAGGGCAGAUCAUCAAUGGUGAGGUGACCACCUCAACCAUGCCUGACUCUGAAGGAAAUAGCCACUGCAGUAACCAAGGCACUCUCAUCGACCUUGCUGAGGACACCCCCGGCUCAUCCCCGGUGUUGGCCCCAGCACCUGCCCCACCCACCUCAGGCAUCCCUAUCCUCCCUCCACCCCCCCAAACCUCUGGGCCUCCACGAAGCCGUUCAUCCAGCCAGGCUGAGGCUACCCCAGGGCCUGACAGCACGAACAAUGCCCUCUCCUUGCUGGAUGAGGAACUCCUCUGUUUAGGCCUUACUGACCCAGCCCCCACUGCUCCCAAAGAGUCAACUGGAAGUAGUCAGUGGCACCUGUUCCAGAAUGAACCAUCAUCAGAUCUGGACUUCUUCAGUUCCAGGCUAGUGCCUGUGGCCUCCUGCCCCUCAGAUGGACCCCUGCUCCCUCCCCCAGUUUCUACCUCAAGUAUGUCCCAAGCUCCACUGCCUGCUGCCUUCCCAGCUCCUGUGGUCCCAGCCAGUGCACCAACCCACAGCACUGGUUCCUUCAUGUUCUCUUCUGGACCUGCUCCAGCCUUGGUUCCAAAGGCUGAGUCCGAAGGCCCAGAAUACCCCAGCUCCAGCACUUCACAUCGCCUCGAUGCUCUUGACCAGCUUUUGGAAGAGGCCAAAGUGACCUCAGGCUUGGUGAAACCUGUUUCUUGCUUUUCUCCUGGGCCCACUGCCUCCCCGCUGCUUCCUGCCUCUGCCCCAGCCAGGCCUCUCCUGCCCUUCUCCACUGGGCCUGGAAGCCCUCUCUUCCAGUCACCGGCCUUCCAGUCCCAAGGCAGCCCUCAGAAGGGCCCAGAGCUCUCCCUGGCCAGUGUCCAUGUGCCCCUGGAAUCGAUCAAGCCUAGCAGUGCCCUUCCCGUGACAGCCUAUGAUAAAAAUGGCUUCCGCAUCCUUUUCCACUUUGCUAAGGAGUGUCCGCCAGGACGGCCUGAUGUGCUGGUAGUGGUGGUUUCCAUGCUGAAUACAGCUCCACUGCCAGUCAAGAGCAUAGUGCUGCAGGCCGCAGUGCCCAAGGAGCUUCUUUUUUGUCUUCAGUCAAUGAAAGUGAAGUUGCAGCCACCCUCUGGGACAGAACUUUCUCCAUUUAGUCCUGUCCAGCCACCUGCAGCCAUCACCCAGGUCAUGCUGCUGGCUAAUCCAAUGAAGGAAAAGGUACGGCUUCGGUAUAAAUUGACCUUUGCUCUGGGGGAGCAGCUGAGCACAGAAUUGGGUGAAGUGGACCAGUUUCCUCCUGUGGAGCAGUGGGGGAACCUAUGACCCCAGCAAAUGUUGCCAUCUCUACUUGGAAGGCAGGCAGCCCGGAGACAGGCUCUGGUUAGUCCAGCCACUGUACACCCUGGACAGUGUUUACAGCUUGGUGUGGAUCGGGGCCUGGACACUUCUGUCAGGAACCAAGCUGCUGCUUUGGUCAUCUGGGCCCCUAAAAGGACCUGUUUUAUCUACCUGUGUGACUUGAAGUAGCCGUACUGUGUGGGUGGGGAGUCCCCUGUGGCUUCAUUGGCCACUCUGGGAUGAUGGACUCUGGGCCUGGAAUAAGAUUCCCCUUUUUUUUUACUGGCAUUCCUUGAUAUCAGGAGAGGGCUCUGAACAGUGCCUCUCCAACCCCUUCAAGAACUAUGUCUUUACACCCUGAAGAGGCAUGGCUUGUGACUAUACCUCUCCUUGGUGUUCCAUGAUUCUUCCUUUUCCAGUAGGCACUGCUGCUCCUGAACUCAAGUGGGCAGCAGUGGCCCAGAGUGAGCCAUGUGGAAUACUGUAGUCUUCACUUUCUGCAAGCAGUAGCAUCCCGCGGUGGCCAAUGAGUGAGUGAUGUGCUUGCUUACAGUGGCAGGUUGUGUCCUAUGGACAUCGUAGCAGGACAGGGAACUAGGCCUGAUAGCCUCAACUAGGGAUAGGAAGGAAAACGGAAGUGCCAGUGUUUCCCUUCAGAAGCAGGUACUGUGGCUUUCUGGGAAAGGCGUACCUCCUGCAGUGGGAACAGGCCGUCCUACUCACUACCUCGUGCUUGGCAUGAAAUAAACUGCUGUGCUCCCCAUAAGCCUUUCAGGGGAAGACACCUCUUGCCACUCUGCAUCCUGCUUUGGUCACUCCCUCUCCCUGCCACACAGAAUGUGGUGUGGUACCUAUGGCUGGACCCAGGAAGUCUCAGGGUCACACAUUGCACUAGACUUUGUCCUUUUGUGCUGCACCCAACACCCACUUUUCCCCAGCUAAAGAGGGGCACUGUUGGCGACAUGUUGGGUCUGGAGGUGAUGAGAUAAGGUCUGUGCUUGAACUGACUUACCAGACCCUAUUGCUUCUACAGUGCUGUGCCUCAGCUAGCAUGACCCCGCUGCUCCAGGUCAGACUUUCAAGCUUCACGCUGAUAGGGAACGCAGCUGCUGUAGGAGUUGGGAAGGGGUCGACAGCAGUCCGCUGUGCUCAGUUGUCUGUAUGCCUGUUCCCACUACACCUUUGGAGCGUCCUUGCUCUGUCUAGAGGUCAUGUGACCUACCUCCCAGUUACUGUCCUUAGCUAGCAGGUUUCACAGUUUCCUUAAGUCAAAGAAAAAAAAAAUCAUUUUCACUGAUGAUGGAUUAAAUCCAAGUGCUUUCCAGAGACUGGUUGCUUCGGUGCUGGAACAUCUGUGGGAUUACUAUGUCAAUACAGUCUUUAAAUAUUUAAAUUAUGAGUGUCACUUACUACUAUUGAGGGCACUGCUUCAGUCAAUAGCUGUACUGGAUGUACCACAUCCUGCCCUUGUUCUGCUGCAUGUGAAAUAAAACCCUUUCACCCUG